AUGAUGAAACUCAGAAGCCUCUUCACCUCCCUGCCUUGGCUGUGCGUACUCUUAAACACGUGCCCGUCACAAGGGGUAACCGGCAAGAAGCCUAAUGUCGUCCUGAUCAUGGUGGAUGACCUUGGGAUUGGCGAUCUCGGUUGCUAUGGGAAUGACACAAUGAGGACUCCUCACGUCGACCGCUUAGCCAGGGAAGGUGUGCGGCUGACGCAGCACAUCUCGGCAGCCUCGAUGUGUACUCCCAGCCGAUCUGCUUUCCUGACGGGAAGAUACCCCAUCCGGUCAGGAAUGGUUUCUAACAAAAUUUCCCGUGUCAUCCGGUCCCUUGGAGCCUCUGCUGGACUCCCUCCAAAUGAAACGACGUUCGCCGCCUUACUCAAGAAGCAAGGAUACAGCACAGGACUCAUCGGCAAGUGGCAUCAGGGUUUAAACUGCCAAUCCCGAAGUGACCAUUGCCACCACCCAUAUAAUUAUGGGUUUGAUUACUUCUACGGGAUGCCAUCCACACUGGUGGACUCCUGCUGGCCAGAUCCUUCCCGCAACAUGGAAUUAGCCAUCUCAAGCAGACUCUGGCUCUGUGUGCAGCUGGUCGCCUUGGCGGCUCUCACUGUCACGUUGGGGAAACUGAGUCGCUGGAUCGCUGUCUCCUGGUCCCUCAUCCUCUCCAUGAUUCUUUUUGUUUUUCUCCUGGGCUACUUCUGGUUCUCCAGCUAUACAUCCCAACUGUACUGGGAUUGCCUCCUCCUUCGAGAGCACGAGAUCACCGAACAGCCCAUGAAGGCAGAACGAGCUGGGUCCAUCAUGGUGAGGGAGGCGGUUUCAUUUUUAGAAAGGCACCGUCAAGGACCCUUCCUCCUCCUUUUCUGCUUUCUUCAUGUGCACAUCCCUCUCCCCACGGCGGAUGCCUUCAUGGGCGUCAGCAAGCACGGUCUGUACGGGGAUAACCUGCAGGAGAUGGACACCAUGCUGGGCAAGAUUCUUGAUGCCAUUGAUAAUCUGGGUCUGAAGAACCACACCCUCGUCUACUUUACAUCAGACCACGGAGGGCAUCUGGAGGCCAGGAGAGGCCACAUCCAGCUCGGAGGAUCGAACGGAAUAUACAAAGGUGGAAAAGGGAUGGGCGGCUGGGAAGGUGGAAUCCGUGUUCCGGGACUUAUCCGAUGGCCUGGAAAAUUGCCAGCCGGGAAAGUGAUUGAUGAGCCAACAAGUUUAAUGGAUGUUUUCCCAACUCUGGCUGCGGCGUCCGGGGGAACUCUGCCUCAGGACAGGGUGAUUGACGGCCGGAAUCUCUUGCCCUUGCUUCGGGGUGACGUCCAGCACUCAGGACACGAGUUCUUGUUCCACUACUGUGGUCCUUACCUGCACGCCGCCCGCUGGCAUCCAAAGGACAGCAAGGCGGUGUGGAAGGUUCAUUAUGUGACCCCAGUAUUCCAGCCACCAGGGUCUCAGGCCUGCUAUGUGACCACCUACUGCAGAUGCUCAGGAGAACUGGUCACCUACCAUGACCCUCCUCUCCUCUUCGACCUCUCCAGGGACCCCUCCGAGUCCAGCCCUCUGACACAGGACACGGAGCCCCUCUAUGAUUUCGUGAUCAAGACAGUGGCGGACGCCCUGGAGGAACACAAGAAAACCAUCGUCCCGGUCCGACAGCAGCUGUCGGAACUGAAUUAUGACAGCGUGUGGCUGAGGCCUUGCUGUGGGGUGUUCCCGUUCUGUUUGUGUGACAAGGAGGAGAACUCUUAAGCUGUGCAGGGGUGACAAGGGUUAGGGGAGCAGUUGAGAGCUGGCGAUGUGGGUUUCCAGCUUAUGGGUGUUCAAGGUGGGAAGCAAUGAAUUUGAGGGCAAAAGGGGAACAGGACACAUCAUCCCAGAAUGCACUGCUCUGUGAUGGGUUGUUUUGCACUAAAGGCAAUUAAGAUCCAGUAGACUCAGAAGAUGCUCCUUCCCUCUCCCUUAACCACCUAAAAGAAUUUAGACGGGGAAGCUACACCAGAAAGAGGCCUAUUGCCAGAGAUGACUUUUAUAUCAGAACGACGUAUCUGCACAUGACGGCAAAUAUUUGUUGACCAAACCCCUGUUCUUCUCCCCUUUCUAUGAAUUGCCUCCCUCCCCUUUGAAGCCCCAGACCCCUACCCCUUUCUGCUUACCCCAAUUCCCUAACUGCGUUGCACUCUGAAGUCUU